AUGUCGCGGGUCCCUGGGAGACUCGAGAGCGCAACGCUUUUUUUGAAGGGUCCAGGUUUGGGGGGAUCGUGCGAUUCGGAGGGUGGUGGGUCGUCCGUUCACGACGUCAUGAUGGCCGACGGGCGCUGCUUUCAAAACGACACCGCAUAA